AUGAGUAAUGGGUUGUGUAUGGGAACAACAAACGAGUCGAUCGGUAUGAUCUUCUCUCGAGGCUGUACAGACAAGGAAGGAAAAGAUGCAGUAUGCCAACAAGACUUGUGCCCUGGUGUUUCCAACGACUUCCUUGGUCUCAAGCCAGUAAAAGCAUGGCAACUACAAACAUGCGACUCCGGAACAUACUGCUGCCGCGGCGCCGACGACACGAAGAGCUGCUGCAACAACGAAAAUGCACCCCAAAUCACAACUACCUUCAGCGCGACCCUCCAACUCCAAACUCCGAGCGCGACCAAUGAUCCUACAGCGGCCGCCGCAACCACUGCCCCACGUCCUAAGACCUGCUCAAAAGAAAAGAAGGAAACGGCAAUAGUCGGCGGUGUCCUCACGGCUGUCUUCACCAUGAUCAUCGCAGGCCUGGCUUCCACUAUAUUCUGGAUGUACAAGAGGGAGAAGAGACAGCGCAAGCUGAAGGAGCACUACGAGGAGCAAUUCUCCCAAACCAACGCGUACCGCAAGGCACUGGCGUCGAGCGCCGGAUCCUGCAGAGGCAGUGUCAUGAUGGAGGACUUGAAGCCCAAGUCCAGCCACGGUCCCGCAUGA